AUGAGUCAAGGCUUCAUGGAGUACGUGGUCAACCAUUCACAUGACUACACCAAGAAGUCGCCUUGCACCAACCAGGUUAACGACGAGCCGGCUGUUGUUCCUAGAAGUUUGAAGAAUGGUGAGUCGGCUGUUGUUGAAAGUGCUAAGCUUGGGUCCGGGUUGGUUACAACCAAUCACGUCAAAGCAAGAAGCAACUCGGCCCCCGAGGUGGCACGAUUGGAGAAGGAGUAUGUUGCAGUGAGUGAGUAUGAUGGGUGUAAGAAGUUGACCAAAGAGGAGGAGGAGGUUUGUCGACGCCAGGCGUCGGAAUUGUUGAUUAAUGUAUUUAAUAAGGAGUUGGAGGUGUAUGAUGAAUCGAUUACUACGAGGUCCAAGAUCUUUAAGAUUACGACGUUGAAUCAAUUGAAGACGUUGUUGAAUUUCACCUACAAUGACUAUCUCAAUCCAUUACCUUCAAGUGAUGAAAUGUUUCCCUAUUUGCAUGGGUUGAAUAACGUAAGACAAUGCUCAUUUUUCAUUGAUAAGCUUGACUACGAUCAGCCUUCAAUGAAUGUCCCUUUGCCAUUUGAAAAGGAAUAUUCGGAAAUACCGAAGUUAUCGUUUUUCAACUUGUUAACUAUUGAUUGUUGCGAAGACGGUGAUUGGAAUUCUGGAGAAGAUCGAGUCAAAUUGACCAAUUCAAUUUCGUUUGAUUCUCUUUUAACUCAACGCCGUGAACACGGUUCAGUUGACACUAUUGACGAAACCAACGAUGAUCAUAUCGAGUAUAUCGAAUACGAGCCAUUGGACUCGAUUAAUAAGAUUGAUCGUUAUCAAUUUCAAUUGAAUAAUCGUAAUUUUGAUCAUCAAAUUAAAUUGCUUGCUCCAUUAUCACACUUUUUGGUUUAUGAUUCGGAUUUGAAACAUGAUGAUUCUGCCACUAGCUCUACUGCAGAAACUUUAUAUCAUUUGGUCAACCCGGAAAGAGGUCAAUAUAUAUACGUUGUUGAUACUAAAUUGUUGAAGAAUUUUGGUAAAAGUGAAGAGUUGAAGAGUUUUGUUGAACCCUCAGGGGAUUUGGUUAAUCAACCAAUCAGUUCCAUUAAUAAUAAUCCUUUCCAUUGCAAAUUAUUGAAGAUGGAACAAAAUAUGAUCUGGAAAACUCAUAGUGUAAGAAAGGUUUUCCCAAGAACAUAUAUAGGGAAUUUGAUUGAUUUUAGUUAUUUAACUAAUUCUAAUUUAAAGAGAAAUAAUUAUCAUGCGGGCCAUGAUUUUAAAUUAUACAUUAAUUGUCAUGAAAAUGCACAGUUCCCCAAUAUUCGAAUUUUGGAAGAAUUGCUAAAGAGUAUUGAUAACGGCAAAUUAAAGAAUCGAGAAAUCUUGCUAGAAUUUCCAUCCGCUGGUUCAAUAAAUUGUGACACCAUAACUUGGAAUGAGACUUUGAGUUUUAUUAAUACAUUGAAGGUUAUAUAUAAGUAUGUUCAUGUUUUGAAACAUGAUGUUUUUAUAUUUUGCUUUGACGGUUUUACAGGAUUAUCUUUAUUAACUUUGGCGUUGGGAUCGUUAUUUGAUGGUGAUUUUUUUGAAGAUGUUGUUGUUAAUAUAUUUAAAAGAAGUCAAAUCAAGUUGUACUUUUUCAAAAAUGAUGUUAUUUUUUUGAAAAGAUUUGAAAAAUUCUUAUAUUGGUUUAAAUUGAAGAAUUUGAAUGAUGAUUCAUUAUCGAAAAAUCUUGUUGAUGAUUUGAAAUACGAAGAGAUCGAUUCGCUUUAUUAUAAGCUUAUUUCCAAUAAGUUGAAUAACUCCAAGGAAAGUACUUGCAUUGGCCAUGCCGGUGACUGGUUUGAUUGGGAGUGUGAUAACAACUUUCCCGCACAAAUAUACCCCAAUUUGUAUUUGGGAUCAUUAUGCCAUGCAUCUUCAUCAACAAUAUUGAAUACCUAUGGUAUCACUCGGGUGAUAUCAAUGGGAGAAAAACCGAUUUGGUUUAAUGAAUUGAAUGUGGUAUUUGAAGCUGAGUUAACUGGUGAAACAUGCAAGAAGGUGAUUAAACCAAUUUAUUCUUUUUACAAUGGUAGUUCUCAAGGUGAUAUAUACGAAGUUACUUUGGGAAAUGAUUUAACCAAGGCUGAUUGUCAUCCACCUAAAAGUUUACCUCAAUUAAGGAAGAUUAUUUAUAUUCAUAAUGUUAAAGAUGAUGGUCGGGAUAGUUUAAUGCCAUUAUUGACUGGAUGUCCCGAAAGAAUACAGAGAAAGGUUUUGAUUAGUCCCUCUGAUCAAGAAGAGAGUUUAAUUCAUUGUAAGAUUGGGGUCUCAAGGUCUGCUACUUUGGCUAUGGCUUCAGUUAUGAAGUAUUUGAAAAAGGAUAUCUUACAAGCAUAUAUGUUUGUUAGAAUUCGGAGAUUUAAUAUCAUUGUCCAGCCUAAUUUAAGAGUGUUUUAUGAAUUAUUUUUAUAUGAUGAAUACUUGAGAAGAAAGAAGAAUCGUGAUUUGAAAAGGCGGUAUUGUUGGGCAAGCUUGUGUCAUGAAAUUCAUAAAUUAAAUAGUCAUUAUAUUCAUUAG